CCGGUCACGUGCUUGAAGUCAUUUGACACAGCACGAGCUCACAGAGCAAAAUGCGGGCGCUAACGCUGUCAGUCUUUGGGGUAUUGUUAUUAGCGGUUUCCGUUUGUAACGGACGGCUGUUUGAUGGAUUCGGUUACGGAUAUCAGGAGACAGACGACGUCUCGCUUUGGCCGCUGCCACAGAAAUAUCAGACGACUCCGACUUCACUGAAGCUCCGCGCGUCCAGUUUUCAGAUCGUUCACGCUAAAGAUUCGACCGCAGGACCGAGCUGCAGUUUGCUCCAAAAUGCCUUCCGCAGAUAUUUUAAUUACAUCUUUGACUAUGUCAAGAAGCACAGGGCGGAUCAAGAUAAAGCGGCAGAUCUCGAGCUGACUGAGCUUCAGGUGUGGAUCACAUCCACUGAUCCGGAGUGUGACGGAUAUCCGAGUCUAAAAACAGAUGAAUCCUAUAAGCUUUCAGUCAACCAACCCACAGCUGUUCUGAAGGCCUCAAAUGUAUGGGGAGCAUUGAGAGGACUUGAGACCUUCAGCCAGCUGGUGUAUGAAGAUAAUUAUGGAGCUAUCACGAUCAAUAAGACAGACGUGGCUGACUUUCCUCGCUUUGCACAUCGAGGCGUCCUGCUGGAUACAUCUCGUCACUAUCUGCCACUCAAAGUCAUUCUGGCCAAUUUGGAAGCCAUGGCGAUGAACAAGUUUAACGUUUUCCACUGGCACAUUGUGGACGAUCACUCCUUUCCCUUCUUGAGUCAGACUUUCCCAGACCUCAGCCAACGUGGAGCCUAUCACCCAUACACACAUGUGUACACACCGGCUGAUGUGAAAAUGGUGAUCGAGUUUGCUCGUAUGCGAGGGAUUCGAGUCAUUGCCGAGUUCGACACUCCAGGCCACACCCUGUCAUGGGGGAAAGGUCAGUCCAAACUUUUGACUCCAUGCUACUCAGGCAGCACUCCAUCAGGUACCUUUGGUCCUGUGAACCCCAUCCUCAACUCCACAUACGACUUUAUGACCAGCUUCUUCAAAGAAAUCAGCAAAGUGUUCCCUGAUGCCUACAUCCACCUUGGGGGAGACGAGGUCGAUUUCUCCUGCUGGAAGUCAAACCCUGACAUUCAAAACUUUAUGCAGAAGCAAGGCUUUGGCCAAGACUACAGCAAACUAGAAUCCUACUAUAUUCAAAGGAUCCUUGACAUUGUAAAAGCCACCAAUAAGGGCUACAUGGUCUGGCAGGAGGUCUUUGACAAUGGUGUUGUGCUCAAAGCAGACACACAGAUCCACGUGUGGAAGGAGAAGCCAGACUACAAGAGUGAGAUGGCCAAAAUAACUGCAGCUGGGUUUCAUGCCCUACUUUCUACUCCCUGGUAUCUGAACCGGAUCAGCUAUGGCCAAGACUGGCCAGGCAUUUACAAGGCUGACCCUCAGAGUUUCGAUGGCACAGCAGAGCAGAAGAAGCUUGUGAUUGGUGGGGAGGCAUGUCUCUGGGGGGAGUAUGUGGAUGCCACCAACCUCACCCCACGUCUUUGGCCACGGGCCAGCGCUGUAGCUGAAAGGUUGUGGAGUGACGAAAAUGUGAAGGACGUCGUCAGCGCCUACACGCGGCUGGUCAAACAUCGCUGCCGCAUGCUUAGGAGAGGCAUCCCUGCAGAGCCUUUGUUUGUGGGCUUUUGUCCUCAUGAAUACGGCGGCUUGUGAGCUAUGGAAGUCUGAAUUCCUACAUUUUGAUAAUUCCACAAGUACAUGCUGCUGAACAGGAAUAUAUUUUUACUUUUAAUUCUUUUUUCACUGUUGACCUUAAAAUAGCUGAUUAUCACUUUUAUCUUUUGAUCUGGGGUUUGUUUACAAAGAAAUGUUUAAUGGAUCAUAUUUGAAUAUGUUUAAUGACGAUAUGGAAGCUCCGUGGUUAAGGUGUUGGACUACUUUUCAUGAAUCUCAGGUUAACCAAGCUGCCACUGCUGAGUGCCUGAGCAAGGACCUGAACCCUCAAUUGCUCACUUGUAUAAACUGAAAGGCACUCUGGAUAAGUUUGUCUGCUAAAUGCUGUAAAUGAAAAUACAGAUCUGCUUUAUUUGUAUUUGCUUUGAAGAUUUGACUUGAGACUUAAGAAGUGUUAUUUUAAUGUGCACUUUUUUAUGAGACUCAGUCACAGACUUUCACAUAAAACAGGUAAGCAAUUGGAACAAGUAUCGGUUCAGUAAACAAAUAAAUAAAAUCAGAAAUCA